CCGCUUCUCAGUACAAAGCGGGGCCAUAGCAUGACUCCUUCAUGUGCAAGAGGCUCUGGGGUCAUGCCCGGUGUGUCUCUAGCUGGGCCCGAUCCAGAGCAAGUUGACUGCAAGGCUGGGAAAGGACUGACUACCCGCUGUCCUAGGCAAAAGGCGCCUCAAGGAACCCUCUCUGUUGCAGUUAAACUGUGGCGGAUGAAAUGACUGCAGAUUUGGGCCUGACCACAACAAAAGCCCUAACUAUUCUGAGAGAACAGCUGUCAACACUGCUGGAAGGGCAUCAGAAGGAAAGGAAGAAGGUGAUUUCAUGGAAGGAAGUAUGGAAAGCCAGUUUCUUACAUCAUGGCAACCGUUGUUCCUGUUUUCACUGGCCAGGGGCAUCCCUGAUGCUCCUAACCAUGCUGCUACUCUUCUGCUGCUAUGGGAGCCAGCCACAAGGAAGCGAAGGUUCGGAAAUCGUAAAUGCCUUGGCACUGUUCUUCCUGGUGCUACUUGACCUCUUUGUGAUUGGGCGGCAAGAGAGGAUGAAACGUCGGGAAGUUGAGAGGAGACUUCGGAAAAUCAUCAGCAGAAUAAACGAUGCUUUAAAAGAUAGUAAAGAAUUUAUCUGGACAAACAACAUGUACCCUGAUCUUCACAUGCCCUUUGCCCCAUCCUGGUCACUCCAUUGGGUCUAUAGGGAUGGCCACCUUGUCAACCUCCCAGUAAGCUUGUUGGUAGAAGGUGAUAUUGUUGCUCUGAGACCAGGACAGGAAUCCUUCACCUCUCUUAGAGGGAUUAAGGAUGAUGAACACAUUGUCUUAGAGCCAGGGGAUCUGUUUCCUCCCUUUUCUCCCCCACCCUCCCCCAGUGGGGAGCUGAAGAAAGGGCCCCAGAAUCCUCAGAUGUUUCGACUCUUUCGCGUCACAAAAACGCCAGUGAUUGACAAUGUGCGGUUAUGUUUAGACAUGGGCUUAUCACGGCCUGUGACUGCUCUAGAUAAUGAGAGAUUCACAGUACAGUCAGUGAUGCUGAAGUUUGCUGUUCCUGUUGUGCUGCUUGGCUUCCUGAUCACCAAUGCCAUGAGGUUUUUUUUCAUGGCUGGUGGAAUAGUCCCUUGGCAGUACAUGUUUCUUCAGCUUCAGGUUAAUGGUGUCUUGCCUAUCCUCCCACUCCUGUUUCCAGUCCUAUGGAUUCUUGCCACAGCCUUUGGUGAAGCCAGGGUUCUAGCCCAGAUGAGCAAAGCUUCCCCCACAUCCCUGCUGGCUAAGUUCUCAGAGGACACACUCAGUAGCUACACAGAGAUGGUAUCUUCCCAGGAAAUGAUACGGUGUAUCUGGAGCCACUUCCUGCGAGUUCUGAAGGGCAGAUCUCCAACACUCACCUUCACCUCUAGUUUGCUUCACAGCUUGGGAUCUGUCACGGUGCUCUGCUGUGUGGAUAAGCAAGGAAUUCUGUCCUGGCCUAAUCCCAGUCCAGAGACGGUUUUAUUCUUCAGUGGCAAGGUGGAACCUCCUCAUAGCAGCCAUGAAGAUCUGACAGACGAACUUUCCACACGCUCCUUCUGCCACCCAGAAAUGGAUGAAGAGGUGAGGGAUGGGUCCACAAAGGAUGCUCUGUCAGGGUGCUCUGAGCUGGGUCUUGGUCUUCCUGACCCUUGUUUCAUUUGCAAGCCUCACGAAAGGGAUGCUUUGCUCUCAGGGCCCUUGUCGGAUGUGGUUCGCAUCAGCAAUGAGCAAGACAGGGCUGAGUGGUCCACCAGCAAUACUCCCAAGUCUUCUGAUACUCAGAUUCACAAGAAGCCAGCAGGCCGCAGCAAGCACCCUUCGGGAUCUAAUGUGAGCUUCAGCAAAGACAUUGAAGGAGGAGAGGAUGAGCCAAUUCAGGUGGAAGGAGACAGCGAGGGGCUAGCCUGUGAGGCUGAAGACUUUGUGUGUGAUUACCAUUUGGAAAUGCUUAGCCUGUCUCAAGACCAGCAGAACCCUUCCUGCAUCCAGUUUGAUGAUUCCAACUGGCAAAGGCACUUAACCUCUCUGAAGCCCCUGGGCUUGAAUGUGCUGCUCAAUCUGUGCAACGCAAGCGUGACAGAACGCCUGUGCCGCUUCUCCGACCACCUGUGUAACAUCGCCUUGCAAGAGACACACAAUGCUGUCUUGCCAGUUCACAUACCGUGGGGGCUUUGUGAACUUGCCAGGCUAAUAGGGUUUACACCUGGUGCCAAAGAGCUUUUCAAGCAGGAGAACUAUGUGGCCCUUUAUCGCCUGCCCUCUGAUGAGAUGGUGAAAGAAGUGAUGCUUGGGAAGCUCUCAUCCAUCACCAAGAGGAGGCCGCCUUUGAGUCACAUGAUCAGCCUUUUUGUGAAAGACACCACAACCAGCACGGAGCAGAUGCUUUCCCAUGGGACUGCUGACAUCAUCCUGGAGGCCUGCACUGACUUCUGGGAUGGCUCGGAUAUCUACCCGCUUUCUGGCUCUGACAGGAAGAAAGUGCUGGAUUUCUACCAGCGUGCCUGCCUUUCGGGUUAUUGUUCUGCCUUCUCCUACAAGCCCAUGCACUGUGCCUUGUCUUCCCUCCUGAAUGGCAAAUGCAUAGAACUGGUGCAGGUCCCUGGGCAAAAUGCCAUCUUCACCUCUUGUGAUCUUCCAGGGACCAUACCUAUCAAGGAGAGCAGCCGGAGAAACAGUUGGAGCUCAGAUGAAGGGAUCGGGGAAGUGAUGGAGAAGGAGGACUGUAUCCAGGCUUUGAGUGGCCAGAUCUUCAUGGGCAUGGUCUCCUCCCAGUAUCAGGCCCGGUCAGAUGUUGUCCGCCUCAUUGAGGGACUAGUCAAUGCCUGCAUUCGUUUUGUCUACUUCUCCCUGGAAGAUGAGCUGAAGAGUAAGGUGUUUGCUGAGAAGAUGGGUCUUGAGACUGGUUGGAAUUGCCAUAUAUCUCUAACUCCCAAUGGAGAUGUGCCUGGUUCUGAAAUCCCUCCCUCUAGUCCCAGUCAUGCAGGCUCCUUGCAUGAGGACCUUCCUCAAGUCUCCCGAGAAGAUGCAGAGGGGCUUUUGUUGAUGGAGGAGGAAGGCCACUCGGAUCUCAUUAGCUUCCAGCCAACAGACAGUGACAUCCCCAGUUUCUUGGAGGACUGCAACAGGGCCAAACUUCCACGGGGAAUCCACCAGGUGAGACCCCACCUGCAGAACAUUGACAACGUGCCUUUGCUCGUUCCUCUGUUUACAGAUUCCACCCCAGAAACCAUGUGUGAGAUGAUCACAAUCAUGCAGGAGUAUGGGGAAGUCACUUGCUGUUUGGGUAGCUCUGCCAACUUGCGCAACAAUUGCCUUUUCCUUCAGAGUGAUAUCAGCAUAGCACUGGAUCCUCUCUAUCCCUCUCGAUGCUCCUGGGAGACCUUUGGUUAUGCUACCAGCACAAACAUGACCCAUAUUUCUGAUGAGCUCACGCCUCUUCAGCUCUCUGGCCAGCUGAACAGCUUAUCCUGCUCCUUGUCUAUUUGUCCUGAAGAAACGAUUGGGAUCAUCAGACUUAUAGAGCAAGCCCGCCAUGCAACGUAUGGCAUACGGAAGUGCUUCCUUUUUCUCCUACAGUGUCAGCUAACUCUGGUCAUCAUUCAGUUCUUGUCUUGCCUGGCACAACUGCCGCCCAUUCUCAGUACCACUGACAUUUUGUGGCUUUCAUGCUUCUGCUACCCAUUGCUAAGUGUGUCCCUCCUGGGCAAGCCCCCUCAUAGUUCCAUUAUGUCAAUGGCUACUGGGAAAAACUUGAUCUUCAUUCCUAAAAAGACUCAGCAUUACUUCCUCUUCUGCUUCCUGCUGAAAUUCAGCCUCACCAUCUGUUCCUGCUUGGCUUGUUUUGGCUACUUGCUGCAAGAUUACUGUGCAAACUUCAACUCAUCUACCUUCAGCGUGAAUGUCACAAGCUGCUUCUCCCUCAUGCUGCAAAGUGGAGCAGAAAGCCGCCCCGAUUGGUUUGGAACUUUCUCCAACAUUCUUCUCCUAGCCCAGAAAUUUACAGCCGGAAUGAUUGUCUUACACACAGUGUUUAUAUCAGUCACCCAUGUCCAUCGUACCAAACCACUGUGGAAGAAAAGCCCCUUCACUAACUUCUGGUGGACCCUGACAGUAGUGACUGUGUUGCUGGGCCAGAUUGUUCAGACCUUCCUAGACCUGAAACUGUGGGUGAAUCUUGAGUCUCCUGUGAGUUACCAAAUGGAUGACAUUCCCAUGGCCUCCUGGCUGUUGGGUUUGCUUUCUCUUGUCCUUGUGGUGAUAAUCAAUGAGACUGUCAAGCUCCAUGAAAUCAGGGUUCGGGUACGUUACCAGAAGAGGCAGAAGCUGCAGUUUGAAACCAAGCUGGGCAUGAAUUCUCCUUUUUAACCCCCACAAGUUGGAUGUGCCCUGGAGGGUUGCAUGUCCCUUUUGUGCCCAACCUUGUCACUUAGCAGAGAGGGAGUGCCACAGCCUCACACAGGAAUCCCUCUGUGGUCUGAUUGAAAGGUCAGCAGGGGUCCAGGCAAAGGUUCAACAUUGGGACAAUGGCACACAGACAGCUGUCCUUGCCUUUAUUUAUUUUAGGACCUCCUCCCAUGAUGCUUCUUGGAAUCCCUCAGGUUGGCAUGGAUCUAAGAGCAAGAAAUUCUCCCUGAUGCUUUUUCAGACUCCGUCAUUAGAAUCUUUAAUUUUUCACUUGCUGACCUCCCUCCUGUUGGCUGCUUUUGUUCAAAUGUGCUAGUGUGUCUGGCUUUCCUGUCCUGCUAGGCCCUGCAGGAAAGGCCCUACAGAGGCCCCCAGCGGCAGCUGCUGGGGCAGAGUUUGCCUCUCCUGAUAGAGUGAUGAGACUGCCUUUUGUAGGAGAGGAACAAACCAUGCCUGAAGAAAAGUAUUUGGGAGAAUUGGAUGCAAGUGAUUUGCAGGCAGGCUCUCGAAUUAAACUCCCCUAGGAUGUAAGGUCUGUUACCCAUAACUAGCAAGGCAGGCCUUUCAUCCAUAUGGUGAGAGCAUUUAUGGGGAGAGUUACAGUUUGUGGUUUUCUUGGCUUGGCCAGGUGCCAUAUUUUCUUAAUGCUGAAUACUAGUUGGCCAGGUUUGGGUAUAUGUGGUAGUGUCUCACACACCCAUCCAGGGACUGGGAAGCCACGAGAAUCCAUGUGCUCCUGUAAACAUGGAAGUCAAAGUGUCCCAUAAAGUAGCCUGAACCAGACCUGUAUGUCAGGGGUUUCUUAUUUCCUUCUCUGAGAGCACAUUUGUAGGCAACACCGUCUCCAGCUGCUUAGCAUGAGGGAAGGCAGGUAACGCUGGCCGUAUCUCUUCCUGCCUCAAGUCCGUGGGCCAGAUUGUCGCUUGUAAGGCCCAGCAGAGAGGCUCCCUCAGCUGAAUGUUGUCCUUGCCUAUACUUCAAAGCGUAUUUGAGCUGAAGCUCGAGUUAGUGAACUUAGGAACACAAAAUACCUCAUUCCAAAGUCUGUCCCCCGCAAAAGACAGUCUAGUGGGAACCUGCAUACCCCCUUCACCUAUCUCCUUUCUUAAAGGCCAGUUUAGCUAUGAUGAGUAAUUUUCUUUUAGCAGAAAGCAAGUGGAACUGAGUUUUGCUAUCAGUUUUUUCUUCUCUUCAAAUUAUUCUACUUAAAGCUAUCUUAUUAAGACCUGUCCACAGAUACAACAUGCAGAUGAGAGGGCAGGAGAUGCUCAGGAAAAAGCUACUUUGGUCAGAUUUUUGAGCUGCCAUGUAAUGUACCCAACUUCCAUAGGUAUGGGUGAGACAAUCCCAAUUCUCUUCCUACUGCUAUGUUUAAAAUCAUGGAUUGAUUGUGACUAAUCCCACUAUGCUUUGAGGGAACGUUAUCUUUCCACAAUGGGCAAAAUGGUAUUCAGCUUUGCCAGGUAAUACUGAGGCCUGACAGUAUUGGACACUUUCCCAAAAGAAGGUUUUCAUAGCUGGAGGAUUUUUAGAAAUUUGUGGCACAUGCUAAAGCAAGACUGUGAUCCUCUACACACAGCAGAGUUCUUGAAAGUUGGUUUGUGUCUGUGACCCCUAAUUGAUUUGGCCUGGGAAAUUGAUCAGUAACCUAUUAUUACAUUUUUAAAUUGGUUACUGCCGAGACGUUUCCUUUUGUUCAUGAACUUUGCUGCUCUCCACUUGUAGCUAAAAGCCUGUCAUUUUCUCACUUUAUAUAACAUACGUACUGUAUGGAUUUCUAGGAACAAUGAGGUUUGGGAUAUGUAUUCUGGUUCACACUACCAACUAUUCUGUUCACAAGCUACAAUGUUGUCCAAGAUCUGAAUCCUUAUUGGGGUUAGGAAGCUUGCUCAGACCCAAGCUAAAAUGUCGGGAUGUGGAGAAAGGGAGGGGUUGCUUUGCUGUAGGAAUGGGGACUCCCCAACAGGUUCAGAAAAUGUCUUAGGCCAUUUGAAUAUAUAACAGAGGCUGAAAACCGAGUCUCCUAGAGAAGGUGCUUCCUGUAGUUUUUUUUAUCUGAAAGCUGAUCACCCUGAAAAUGACUUUUCUCCUCAUACUUUCACAUACUUUUCUCUUCUUAGUGGUACUCAAUUAGAGUUAAACCAUGACUGAAAAACCUUUUUGAUGGCGGUCUCCUGAAGGACCUGCUACCUUGCUUCCUGCUCCCUCUUUAGUCAGACAGGGCUGCAGAAAAGUGUGGGGCAUCGCCUUAGGAAUGAAUUUCACUUAACGAUCUGUUUUUAAAUGGUGUAUAUUUUAUAUUUAAGAUUUUUGGGAUGUAUGUAAAAAAUAGAUUUGUAUUAAAACUUGUAAAUUGUAUAAAGAAACCAAAAGCACCUGAUUUGAAUGGCAAUAAAUGAUUGUCUUUGAUACAGUAA